AUGCCCGAACCCGCCCCUUCCUCCGCGCAACCGUCCACCACCACAACCGGCGCACAACCAGCCCCAUCAACAUCCACAUCCGCAGGCGCAGGCGCAAGCACCUCGCAAACCGGCACGAACGCAAACUCAGCCACUACAAAUACUGCACCCGCGAACAGCAACAAUGCCACCACUAACGACGGCACGAACCGCGGCCUCCCCUACUACGAGAAACUGCGCCGCGAUCUCCGCGACACCCUGCAGAAGAAGCGUCUCAUGGAUAAGAGCAUGGCCCAACUAGAAGACCAGAUCUACCGCUUCGAACAAUCCUACCUCGAAGAAACCACCGCCGGGAACAUCAUCAAAGGCUUCGACAAUUACAUCAAGGGCUCGUCGAGCAGCGCCGUCGGCGCCGGGUCGCUCGCGCUACAGGGUGUCGGCGGUGGUGCGGCGCGGCGCAAAGCCGCGGUGACGGAUGCGGAUCGCGUGUUUUCGCGGAGUUCGGCGAGUUUCAUGCGGGUGCGUUUCUUUCCUUUCUUUUCUCCCUUUUCCUUUCCUGUGGGGCUGGGCUUUGAUGUUGGGUUUUGGCUUUGGAGGGCGAAGGACUGA